UAAUAAUUUUUAAAAAUUUUAAAAAAUUCAUUAGCUGUUGCUACAUUUUAUAUGUAACCUUGUGAAGAUAAGGCUGCCAAAUGCAAAUAUGAUUACUAUUUUAUUGUACAAAAUUAAAUAGAGUGCAAGAGAAUGUAGUCCUCUUUUAUUAUAAAAAGUUGCAAACCUGCGGAAUGUGGACGACCACGUGGCGCCUUUGACCUGCUUUUGACCAAUGGUUCUUUUGCCGCCCUUCUUACCCCAAUUUCCCACUUUGCCCUUCACCCCAACCCCAUUUACAGUUUCCAAGUCGAGGUCAAAAUUGGUAAUCGAGACUCGAAAUAAACCAUUCACGUGAGUUUCAACGCCUUUCACGUGGAUAUUACUGAUACAGAGAGCUCAAAGCUACAGUUAUUGAGCAGCUGAGAGAUCAAGCUCACUAAUGGAAGUCGGCGGCUCCGCUCUCGCCGGAAAACAUAUCGCCAGUCGAUGCAGCAAAUCACGUUUCAUACGCAACCGUUAAUCCAUCUCGUAAACAUUCCUCUUACUUUGGAUUAUCCUCAUUUCCUGUUCUUGAUCACAUUUUCGAUACUUCCAGUAUGGAAAUUUUCUACUUCUUUUUCUUUUCUUUUGUUUUCCUCGGAGGCCGGGUUUUAGCAGACCUCAACGAGCUCUUCUUUGGAUUCGAAGCAGCGGAUACCAAUCUAUCCCUGACCGGAGUCGCGGAGAUCGGCGAAAAUGGUAUACUCAAGCUAACGAACGAAGAUCGCAGAGUAAUGGGUCACGCGUUCUCCUCUGCCCCUCUCCGGUUCAAGAAAUUUCCAAAUGGAUCCGCCUUUUCCUUCUCCACUUCCUUCGUCUUCGCCAUCGUCCCCGAGUACCAGCCUCUCGGCGGUCACGGCCUCGCCUUCACAAUUUCCCCCACUAAGGAUCUUAGAUCUGCCCAUCCCAGUCAAUACCUGGGCCUCCUCAACGCCAACGACGUCGGCAACUUCACGAACCACCUCGUCGCCGUCGAAUUCGACACCGUUCGAGACUUCGAGUUCUUCGACAUCAACGAUAACCAUGUGGGGAUCGAUAUUAAUAGCCUGCACUCGAACUACUCCGCUCCAGCUGGCUAUUACGGCGAAAAUUCUACGCUUCUGGGUCUGAAUCUCACCAGCGGAAGCAGGAUUCAGGCGUGGAUCGAUUACGAUUCGGUUCGGAAUGUUCUUAACGUGACGAUCUCGCCGUCUUCGUCGAAACCCAGUACUCCGAUCCUCUCAUACCCCCUAGAUCUCUCUUCGAUUCUGGAAGAGUUCAUGUAUGUGGGGUUCUCUGCUUCGACGGGUGUUCUCGCUAGCUCCCAUUACGUCUUCGGGUGGAGCUUCAAGAUGAACGGAGAGGCUAAACACCUCGACCUCUCUUCUCUGCCGUCGCUUCCCGGACCCAAGAAGAACCGAACUGCUUUAAUAGUUGCGGUUUCGAUUUUAUUUUCUGCUUUUGCUCUGUUCUUAAUUGGAUUCGCCCUUUUCUUGGGCGUGAAAUUGAUGAACGCGGAAGCAAUCGAAGCCUGGGAGCUCGAUAUCGGUCCCCAACGGUAUCCGUACCGUGAGCUGAAGCGAGCAACCAAGGGUUUCAGGGACGAGGAGCUCCUCGGCCAUGGCGGAUUCGGCCGAGUUUACAGAGGAACUCUUACCCUGGCAAACUCAAAAAGCCAAGUCGCCGUGAAACGAAUUUCGCCCAAAUCGAAACAGGGUCUGCGCGAAUUCAUGUCCGAAAUCGCCACCAUCGGCCGGCUGCGGCACCGGAACUUGGUUCAGCUCCUGGGAUGGUGCCGGCGGCGAGGCGAUCUUCUUCUCGUCUACGAUUACAUGCCAAAUGGGAGCUUAGAUAAACUCUUGUUCGGCGAACCCAGAACGAUUUUGACUUGGGAACAGAGGUUUCACAUCAUCAAAGGGAUCGCUUCAGCUCUUCUUUACCUCCACGAAGGGUACGAACAGGUGGUGAUUCACAGGGACAUCAAAGCGAGUAACGUUCUGCUCGACCUCGAGUGGAAUGGGCGACUCGGCGAUUUCGGACUCGCGAGGCUGCACGAGCACGGGUCCGACCCGAAUCCGACCCGGAUAGUCGGCACGGUGGGGUAUCUGGCACCGGACCUGCCGCUCACGGGGAAAGCUACCGCCAGCUCCGACGUUUACGCCUUUGGUGCGCUUUUGCUAGAGGUUGCAUGCGGGCGGAGGCCCAUUGAGGCCAAAUGUGGGCCCGAAGAAAUAGUGCUGGUGGACUGGGUAUGGGCCAAGUGGCGAGAAGGCCGAGCCGGCGAUGUGGUGGACCCCAGAUUAGGCCGGAACUACAAUGAGGGUGAAAUGGUUAUGGUGUUGAAGUUGGGCUUGAUAUGUUGUAACAGUGCGUCCACGGCGCGGCCAAGCAUGAGGCAGGUGGUGACAUACUUAAAGAGGGAGGUGGAGCUGCCGGAGGAGUUGAGUGCGCCGGAUGGGGGCAAGGAUGACGGGGGAGGGUACACGGGUUUGGUGCACUCACAUUCUACGACGUCGUUGGCUGAGGGGGUGAGCUCGUUCUCGAUCAUGGGGAAUGGGGACGUGGAAGCUAGGCCCAGAACCCUCCCUAGUUCGCCUGUUGGUAGAAGGGAAACCAGUCUGAAUCAGCUGAUAAACGUGAUUUUGAGAUCUCGGUGGCGAUUCUCUGCAGUUUAAUCAGAGUAAUUUUGUGAAUCGGACAUUUCAAGCACUACUACAAAAUCAAGGCUUUGUGCAGGUGCCGCAGGCAUAGUAUUGGAUUCCUUGCAGGCAUAGUUCUAGGAAACAAGUAAGGAGAUAGAUUAUGUCAGGUCCUACAAGGAACCAGACCUACCUAGCUUGCUGCAGGGUUAGGAUUAGAUUUUUGGGAGUGGUAGACAGAGCUGGUGAGCCACCAGGUAUUAUGCUUGUUAUUUUUGGGUUGUAAAAUAUUGACAGGUAGUUUUUUAUUUGUAUUUGGGGAUAGUUAGAACUCUGGUAAUGUGAUUGAGGUGUUUUUCUUCCACUGUAUGGUUUUAUUUUCGGUUUUAACAAAACAGUCCAGUUUUUCCUUGUUAGGGGGGGGGGGGGUGGUGGUGGUAUUAUGGUAUCAGAUAAUUUUAUUUAUUUUAUUUCACAAAUAAAACCCCGGGCCCACGUGGCAGGUCGGGUCGUUACAGAGUAGCUGAAAA